AUGGUGGAAAACCUGGCGCGGGGACUGGUAAACAAUUCAGAGAAAGCCUCUACUCUUAAAAUGCUUCCCACUAAUGUUACAUCAACCCCAGAUGGCACUGGUAAGCGAGGACAGUCUCAACUCAUUUUUAGGACAUGCAUUUCAUCAAAUCUAAAUCGCACCAGGACAAAGGGUCAAGCAAAUUCCAUUAUAUCAUAACAGUACUGGUACAGGCUGCUGUCUGUCAUAUAGGGAAUGCAUGCUGUCAAACUAACUACAGGAAGUGUUUAGGAGCAUACAUUUGCUUAUUAUGAAAUACUUACAGUUUGAUAUGGUAAUGCAAAUAAUAGAAAAUACAAUUACGCACUGUCAGUUUCCCAGUAAAGCUAUUUUAGAAUUACAUCCCAAAUAAUAAUAAUAAUAAUAAAAAAAAACAAGCCUGCAGAACACACGUGCAGCCAAUUAUUAUGUGGCUUGUAAAAUUUAAAGGAAAAGGUUAAUUGGACUCUGGUGAUGCUCUGAGCCUCACGUCCAAAAGUGCAUAACAUUCUUUAUAUUAAGCAAACAAACAAACUACUGAAUAUACUAAGUAAUGGUCAACUCUUAAUAUAGUCACAAUUAAAUGGUUAAUUUAUUGUGUAUAUUAUACGUCUGAUGUCAGAUUGACAUUACUGUAUUGCACUUAAUGAAAACAUGCAUGGGGAAAAAAAAGGUUUUGUUUCGAUUCCUUAAAUUUAGAAUUUUGUUUUGUCCGAAAUUUGAAAAAUAUUGAUUUAGACAGAACUAAAUUAAUCUGAAAAUGUUGUUCAUUUCUGAAAUUUUGACGCACACGUGGGGAAUGAAUGAAGGUAGCAGUCACAAAGUAACAAAAGUACCAGUUUAGGGAGUUAUCUGCUAAACCGCUGAUAGAUCGAAUUAAGAAAAGCCCUUUUGUUAAAGGGACACUAGAGUCACCCAGGCCACUUCAAUCUCAGUGAAGUGGUCUGGGUUCAGUGACCCUGUCUUUUUCACCCUGCAACAUUGCAGUUUUAUUUAGAGUUUUUGGAUAGGGUUUACAUUGCCCCCUAGCGCCUAGAGGCGCGUCCUCUUCAUUGACCAAGUAAAACUUAGUCAUGUGAUGUUAAACCAUUCUAUGGUGCAGCUUAACAAAUGUAGCAUGUCAUACAGUACAUAACUGCUGUUAGGAUAAUAAGACUUGUGGAUUCUAAUGCAUGUAGAUAGACACCCUGAUCAAAAAAUUGCUUGUUAAUCGAAGUUCUGGAUUAUGAAAAAGGUUCUUGUUUCUUCCUCUGAGAAUAAAAUUAAAGCUAUCUUAGAAGUAUUGUUGUUGUAGAUUUGAUUUAUUAUUUAAUUCCUUUAAUCUACAGAACAAGGCACUUUCUUGGUGCUGGAACUGAAACAAGACACAUUCCAAAUCUCUCAGGUGAAACUUGACGGUCGUAACAAUCCAGAAAUUGAAAGUGAAAAUUUCUCUAUCCCCAAAACGCAGGUAAUCGGAAUGUCUUGAGUGGCAAUUUGAUAUGUAACUGUAGGAUACACUUUACAAGUUUGUUAACAAUUGAGCAGCAAAGUAUGAAAAAGGUGAGGAUGUAUGUCAAUCAAAUAGCAAUGGUUAGUAAACAGACUAAAUUCUAGGUAGACUCAAAUGAAAUAAAUUUCACGAGAAUCAUAUAUUUCCUGUUAGAUCUGGGAAUGAUUACAGGGACACUCCAGACCCCUAAAGUACUUUAUCUUUUUGAAAUACUUUGUGUAUGAAGAGUGCGUCUUUUUUUCAUUUAUUAAAAGUGCAAAUUUCAAAUUUUUUUUAAAUUAACUUUGUUAAACCCCCAGGUUUUAAAGCAGACAUCAGGUUCUGUUACUUCCUGAUUUGGUUAGCUCAGUGGUGAUAAAUCCAAGAUGCUGCAAUUGCACACAGUACCGACCAUGAAAAUACUUUUGAUCUGCACUGGGAAGUCUGUGAUUGGACAACCACAAAAUGUCUGACCGGGGGAAGAUGGGUAGGGUUAUGAAAACAGUACACAAGAGAACUGCAUCUUUAUACAUAAACCCCAAUGAAAAAUGCUUAAUCAAAUACAUGCAUAUAUAAAUAUCCAACACCUCUUAUCUAUAACCUUGUCUGCAGAAAAGGCAAUAGCUUGCAGAGAGCAAGAGAGGCCCAAAGUAUUUUAGGACAUGUUUUAAGGGAGAACAUUUUCUUUCUCUGGCAGAAAUAAGCAAGAAGAUUGGGAAGAAUAUUAUAAUGUAGUGUGUUGCAUAGUUAUGCUAGUGUAAAUCUGUGUACAAGUGUCAGGUUGAGUCACUAUCUGAGUGUUAGUGUGUGUCUGAAUAUCAGUGUCGGUGUGUGUGUGUGUGUGUCAGCAAUAUCUGUACAUUAACUGUUUUAUUUGUUUUAUGUAUACAGCUCUUUGAAGAUAUUGCUAGCUACUUGGCUACAUUCAAGAAGCGUCGAAACAUUCAGGAUGAUUUACCCAUAGGCUUUACCUUCCCAUUUACAUUCAUCGAGAACAUGGAAGAUGAGGUGAAACACAUGUAUAUCUCACGGAGAAUGUUUGUAGUUUUGUAUCUGCAACACAUUGACAGGCUAGGAAGUUGAAGGGAUGGUUCACAAUAGUCAGUUUAACAGAUAUAAAACAUGUGCUAGUUAAAUAAUAUUAUAGAUUAUAUUAUUAUAUCAAUGUCUUUUACAAAUGUGAUAUAUUUGUUGACUCAAGAGUUAAAGCAUCAUAACCACUACUUCCUGCUGCAUUGGUUAUAAUGCUAGGAGUACUUUGUCACUGUUUCCCAGCUGGGGCCUGCCAGACGCUAAGCCUCCCUCAUUGGCAGCUGAACUGCAUUCUGCUUUUUUCCAUCAGCAAAAGCCAAAUCAGCUGAGCACUCUCAGUCAAUGAAUUAAAGUCUAUACGUAGAAUAAAUCCAGAUUUGACAUUAGUCAGACCGAAACUCUCAUUCUGGGCUGGCUAGUCGUUAUGCCACCGGUGAAGCUCCUCCGGCAGCUAACCUAAAUAUCUCUGCAUGUGCAAUGUUGCUUGGAGAACAGCUGCACACACAGAAUGCUUGCACCAUGAUCAUUUCAAAAUACUGAAGUGGUCACGGUGUUUGGAGUAACUCUUUUACAUGCCAUUACUCAUAUUUAGAAUUGCACCACUAUUCGGAACAUCUUCAACUUCCAUGCCUCCACUUCCUAUACUGUUUCUGUGCACCCUUUUCUUUCCUAUUCUUCCUAACUUCCCUGUCCUUUCAAGCUAAACUCCUACUCACAGGGGCUCCUAGGGCAGGGUCAAUGGAGACUAUCUGCUCCUGGUGGUACAUGUCCACUGGCGAUGGCAAGUUCUUGCUCUGCUGGUUUAGAGCUUAAGUAGAGCAUUGAUUAGACUGUUGAGUGGAUAUCUGGGGUGCUGCUGGAUUCAGUCUAGGCAAUGGCUGCAUAGCUAUCUUGUCUCUCUGUACUAAUGCUGGAAGUCGGGAUAUAACAUCACCCCAGCCCAGGGAUCGGUAAAGAACUUCAGGGAUCCAUGCAAUCGGUGCACAGAGUGAUCCCAGCAGCAAUCCACCAGACACCAGAGGAACUGAUUUAUAUUAUAUAUAUAUCGAAUGUGAGUGUCAGUGUUUGACUGUGUAUAUUAAUGUGAAUAUGUGCAUAUGAGUCUGUGUGUGAAUGAAUGUAUGUGUGUAAUUUCCUUUACAAAAGGAUUCGUAAGGGCACAUUCUAUAGUUCAGGAUGAGGGGUGCCAAUAUACAUAUCUGUCCGGGUGCCAUGUAACCUAGGUACAGCUCUGCCUACUUUUAUUUUCACUUUCCAUCCUUCUUUUUCAUUUUACAAGAUAUUGUUUUCCUGUAGUUCUCUUUCAUAAAGAACAUGUUUAGUCUGGUUGACAUUAACACUGUAUUUUAAAUGACUGGUGAAACAGUAUUUCAGUAUUUUGUAUUUAGGACAUUGAUAUCUUUUCAUUGUUAUGCCCAUGACCUCUCAGCACCUCAUUAAAUGUUAACUGAAAAAAAAAAAAAUGAUGAAUACAUUUUUAAUAAGCUGCUUUUGAACAAAUAUGUCUGUGCUGGGAGGUAUUUAUUAUUAUGUGCUAACUUGAGUGGUCUCCUUUAAAUUGUACAUUGCUGCAGAACAUGUUGGUGUUUUACGUGCAAGAAAAUAAUAACCAACCUUGUAAUCAAUGCAAUAUUAUUAUUUUGUUUUAUUGUUUGGACCAUGAUGAAAAUAACUUUUAAUAUCGAUGUCUUUAAUCAGAGCAUUCUCAUCUCAUGGUCAAAAAGAGUUUUUUAUCAAGGAGUGGAAAAUAGGAACAUGGUGCAGUUACUACGUAAGGCCAUAUUUAAGCAAGAGGUAAGACUGGAGUUUAUAUUAAAUGCUGCAUAUCCAGACUACAUGAACAUUUAUACACUUAAACAUACAUAUACCUUAUAAAUAAAUAUACAUUUUAACUUAAUAUUUUAAGCUCAGUUAUCUAAAUAUUUUAAGCUCAGCUAUCUUAAACUCUGAGUGUAACUGAACAAUAUUGUUAGACUAACUCAAUAUUGAUUUGUCUCAAAGCUCUCUCAAGUUUCUUUAACUUAACAGCUCUAUUCAUUGUAAACCCUCCACCCUACUCCUGACGAUGUUCUUUGUACUGAUCUUCUAAAAUCUUAGCUCCACUUCACUGUUCUCUGCUGGUUAAUAUAGGCUACACUAUUAUGCAAGGCUGAGAAUUUUUAUGUUUCUAUGCAAUUUCCCUUCUUUCUAGAAUUAUGAACCAAAACAUAUCACUUUUGUUAAUGACACUGUUGGAACAAUGAUGAAUUGUGGUUUCAACCAUUCUGACUGUGAAGCUGGCCUCAUUGUAGGUAAGUGCAAUAUCCUCCUGGGAACCAAGGGAAAUAAAAUGUCUUCCAAAUUCUUUUUUGUGUGAUUUCCUACCUAGGAAGUCCCCAGCAUCCCAGCCAAUCACAUUACAUAUCAGUGGAAAGCCCAGGAUGCCCUCUUUACAAUACAGCAGGGAUUGAUAGAGUAGCUCAAACAAAUAAAAGGAGAUGCAUGUGAACAAAAAGUCCAGUACGGAGGACACGUGUUAAUGGGCUGGUUAUCAGGAGGAUAUAGUGUUUAGAGUAACAGAAAGGGAUAAAAUGGCUAAAAAUAAGUGAACACAAAGUUAAAGGAAUACAACAUUUAUAUUAAUAAGACAAAUUUGGUAUUGUUUAAUUUGAAUUAAAAUUGUUUAUAGGGAAUAGGACUACUUGCGACCUCUAUAUACAAAACUACAGACGAGAUAGGAUUUUCACAGUAUGUUGCAGGAUCUAAGAGCCUCUGUGGAAAGCAGAAAUCAAAAUAAUAUCAAUACUUAUUGUAUCCCAGAACGAGCCUGAGCAGAGGAGAUAUUCUUGCUGCUUCUUUGGUUUCAGGAGUUCACACAGGUUAUGACGCUGAUGUCAUCUCCGCAUGCUGUCCUGCAGUUCCUUUGGCUGACUGCUGGGAAGAGAGGACCUGCCUCUGUGGGCGCUGGGCGAGAAGGGGAAUGAGCACUUUUCCUUGUCGCCCAAGUACUCCUACUGAAUCAACAACAUUACAGAGUUCCAGCAGUGCCACCACUCCCCUGUCUGUCUUCCCGAGACCAUAG